UUCCGGUUCACUUGACGCAACGUCCGUGUACCCUCGCAACACUUGCAGUUUUUUCGUGUUUCCUUCUCUUACCCAAACGAGGUCCUCAUUCGCAUUCUCAUCGGUGUCCCGCAGAUCUUACUGAAGAUCUUCACCCUGAGAAGCACAAUCCCCUCCACGUUAAACGAGAAGAGGAGUCGGAGAUGCCAUACAUCAAACAGGAGGCGGAGCAAGAGACCCCCUACAUUAAAGAAGAAGAACAGGAAAAUGAAAUCUUUGCUGUGACCGUCGGUGUGAAAAGCGAAGAAGAUGAAGGUCCAAGCAAAGAGAGCGGAGCAGCAAAACAAUCAAGCGACGGCUCAUUUCAGGACCUGACAACAAAAGGAGAGGGACAAUCGCAGCCGGACGGCCUCUUAGCUCCGCUCUCGGACAGCGACGACGUAACGUCACACUCUUCUGACUUGAACUCUGAUGAGGAGGAAGUUGACUUUGACCAAAGCGCUUGGAAAUCCUUGAACAACUCAUCAUUGAAAAAAAAGAGAAAAAAAUGUGCGGGUGGAAAACCAUUUGGCUGCACACUUUGCAACAAAAGAUUUUCUCAUAAAUGUCAUUUAAUAAUACAUAAGCGUACACACACCGGAGAAAAGCCUUAUGUCUGCACAUGUUGUGGUCAAAGAUUCACCCAGAAGAAAAAUUUAAACCAACACACAAGAAUACACAGUGGAGAGAGGCCUUUCGCCUGCUCACUUUGCGAUAAACGAUUUUCUCAGAAGACUAAUAAAGAAAGGCAUAUGCGUACACACACUGGAGAGAGGCCUUUUGUAUGCACAUGUUGUGGUGAAAGAUUCACCAAUAAGAAAAAUUUAAACAGACACACAAUAAUACACAGUGGAGAGAAGCCUUUCACCUGCACGCUUUGCGAUAAAAGAUUUUCUCAAAAGAUUAAUUUAAAAACGCAUAUGCGUACACACACUGGAGAGAAGCCUUUUGUAUGCACAUGUUGUGGUAAAAGAUUCACCGAGAAGAAAAAUUUAAACAAACAUGCAAGAACACACAGUGGAGAGAAGCAUUUUGCCUGCCCCUUGUGUGAGAAAAGAUUUUAUUUUCAGUCUCAGUUGACAACACAUAUGCGUCAACACACUGGAGAUAAACCUUUCGCCUGCACACUAUGUGACAAAAGAUGUUCUCGGAAGUCUGGUUUAAAAACGCAUAUGCGUACACACACUGGAGAAAAGCCUUUCGUCUGUACAUGUUGUGGUAAAAGAUUCACCCAGAAGGGAGCUUUAAACGGACACGCAAGAACCCACACUGGAGAAAAGCCUUUCCCCUGCUCAGUUUGUGGUAAAAGAUUCACAGAGAAGGGAAAUUUAAACAAACACGCCAGCACACAUAGUGGAUAGAAGCCUUUCGCCUGCUCUUUAUGUGAGAAAAGAUUUUGUCAUUCUCAGUUGACAACACACAUGCGUACACACACUGGAGAAAAGCUUUUUCCCCUGCUCAGUUUGUCAAAAAAGAUUCCGUCAGAAGGAAACUUUAAACGAACACGCAAAAAAAAAAAAAAAAAGCACGCACACACUUGAGAGAAACCUUUUUAAUGCUCGCUUUAUGGUCAAAGAUUCACUUAGAAGGGGAAUUUAGUAUCACACACUAGAAGUCCCACUGGGGGGAAAACCUCUGAAUUGUAUUGUUUGACAAAAUAUUAAAAUUCCUGCAAUGCAUUAACAGUGGAAAAAGCUUUUCAAUGUUCUUAUUCAGUUUCCCUUGAGCCUCUUUUGAAAAUAGUUGUUGAAAUGAUUUUGCAGUUCUGGCCUUUUUCACAACUAUCUGAUAUUCUUGAUUUUUUUUUUUUAAUCAAAUGAGCUGGGUUUAGUUUCGGUGUUAGGUUACUUCAUAUCAAGCAUGAUCUUCUGUUUUAUAUUAAGACUUUUCUGCUGCUUUGAUUUACUCAGCUUUAGCCUUUGUCUCCUCUAUUUGUUGCUUUUGUGAAUACUAUUAUGUAAAGUUUGAAAUAAAACUUACGACACUGGUCAACAGAUUUCCAACAGUGACCUCUCCU